AGGACAAAUAAUAAAGUCAAGGAAUUAGCUACAUAUGAGUAACGAACUAUCUACAAGUAGCAUUUGGAGUCUUUUUCUGGAUUUACUACGCUUUUCACACGAGUUAUAUGUAAUUUAUCUAGGCACACGAAACUAUAACUACAGGUAGCUGAAUGUAACCUGGUAGCUGUGUUAAAUUUGAAGUGAAAGGAUUUCAAUAAAUUUCAGUAUGUCUUGUGUCAAAGAACAACCUUUGAUUACAAACGUAGAUCUGCAGAAUCAAUCUGUGGAGAUUCCGGAUUCUGGAGGCAUCCGUCAAUCUAAACUCGUUCCUUUAGGGAAAACAAUUGACUUUCUCUAUGAUGAUGUUAAAACACUUUUGCAUGCCAUGCAAAAAGGUUGCAAAUUAUCAGGUGAUGGACCCUGUUUAGGUUACAGAAAUGGCAAUUCUGAAUAUAUGUGGAUAUCUUACAGUGAUGUAAUCAGAAGAGCAAAAACCUUUGCCUCAGGAUUGUGUCAUCUUGGUAUGCGACCUGGACAAUCGACUUACAUUGGAAUUUAUUGUUAUAGUAGAGUAGAGUGGGUACUGACAGAGUACGCCUGCUAUAACCAAUCAGCAGUAACUGUUCCUUUGUAUGAUACAUUAGGACCAAAUGUGUGCUCUUUUGUCAUAAAUCAAGCUCAGAUACAGAUGGUUGUCUGUGACAAUGAAGAGAAAGCCAGGAUUCUAUUGGAAAAAGCUGAAACAACUCCUUCUUUGACGCAUAUUAUUAGUGUAAACGAAGUCAGUUUGGACAUAAAAGAUCUGGCAAAUAGAAAGAAUAUUAAUCUUCUUUCAUUUCACGAAGUUGAAGAGCUUGGAUCAAAAAAUAAUUAUCCUAUGGUGCCUCCUGAUCCCUCUGAUUUGGCAACAGUCUGUUACACGAGCGGAACAACUGGUGAUCCCAAAGGAGUUAUGCUAACACAUGCCAAUUUUGUUUUGACAAGCUCAGCUAUUAUGAAACAUAUGGGGGACAAGGCUCCUGCCGAAACUGAUGUAAUGAUUUCUUACUUGCCACUUGCGCAUGUCUUUGAGCGGAUAUCCCAGGUUACAGCGUUCAUGGCAGGAGGGAGAAUUGGCUUCUAUAGAGGGGACAUUAAACUUCUGAGCGAAGAUAUCAAAACCUUGAAACCGACAUACAUGCCUGCAGUUCCCCGCGUGCUAAAUAGAAUAUAUGACAAAGUCAAUGCUCAAGUCAAACGAAGCAAAUUCAAAAAGUUUAUGUUCGAUUUCGCUUUGAGAAGGAAACAAGUGGAAAUUGACAGGCUUAUCUUAGGAACAAAUAGCAUUUGGGACAAAUUCGUUUUUAAAUCUAUACGAGAAGCCACGGGUGGUAGACUUCGACUGCUUAUGUCUUCUGCAGCGCCAAUAGAUGGGAAAAUUCUCAAAUUUUUCACCUGCGUUUUAGGCUGCGUGGUAUUUGAAGGUUACGGACAAACAGAAGCUUGUGGUCCCAUCUGUUUGAAUAUUCUUGGCGAUUUUUCUGGCACCAACGUCGGUCCACCUGUUCCCUGCUGUCAAAUAAAGUUAGUUGAUGUUCCACAAAUGGGAUAUUAUUCAAGCAAGAGCCAAGGAGAGGUUUGUGUCCGAGGUGUCAGCGUAUUCAAAGGAUAUUUGAAAGAUCCGGAACAAACUGCAGCAGCUCUUGACAGUGACGGAUGGUUGCACACUGGAGAUAUAGGAGUAUGGCUCCAGAAUGGAGCUCUAAAGAUUGUGGACCGAAAGAAAAAUAUCUUCAAACUUGCCCAAGGUGAAUACGUAGCUCCUGAAAAAAUAGAGAGUAUAUACUUAAGAAGUCCAUACGUAGCUCAGAUUUACCUUCAUGGUGAUAGUUUGCAGAAUUACGUAGUGGCAAUAGUUGUUCCGGAAAAAGAAGAAGUCUUAUCUUGGUGUGAAUCCAAAUCCAUGUAUGGCAUCUGGAGUGCUCUUUGCAAAAAUAAGGAAGUAAAAAAGAUGAUUUUAGAAGAUAUGCGACAAUAUGGAGAAAUGUCAGGACUUAAGUCAUUUGAGCAGGUAAAAGACAUUUAUUUGCAUCCAGAUGCUUUUACGCCCGAGUCUGGUUUGAUUACUCCAACUUUGAAAAACAAAAGGUCGGAAUGGAGAAAUUAUUUUAAAGAUGCUAUUGAAUCCAUGUAUAAUGUAAAUAACUUUUCAUCAAGCAGUAACUAAGCUAUCUGUUUCCAUUAAAGCAAUUCAACGCUUAUUAUAUGAAAAGAAAGAAAUUUGAAAAUCCAUCGUAAGAUAUAAUGUCCCUUCAUUUAAUUUGUUUUCGACUUUUAUGCCAAGCUAAUGAAUUAUUUAGAGAUACGAUUAAUCAUUUAAUAUGAUAAUUUUGGGGCUACCAAGUUCAAACAUGUAAUAUUAUAAAUAUCACCUCAUAACCUAUAAUAAUGUAAUAUAUUUUAUAUUAUAUUUCACUUCAUGUAUUGCAUUUUAUUCUGUUUGAUGUCAAUUGUAUAUGAAAUGAUACUAAUAUAAAUAUUGUAUAAAUAUGCAAAUUAAAAGCACAAUUUUACAUGUUAUGAUUAUUCUUAUUUUCAUGCUAUUGAUUUUGAACACUUUUGUUUACGAAAACAGAAAUCAUUUUAUUCUGAAUAUGUCUAUUUUAAAGAGAUUUAACUUUCUUAUUAUUUUCUCCUACACUAUUAAAAUUUCUAGUUCUGUCUGUCAUUUCUGUUCCAGUUACAACAUUCUGGGAUGUAU